AUGGCGGCUACCUUUCGGCCCCCGAAGCAAGUCUUUCUACUGCAGGCGCUGCGGAGUUUGGUGUGUCCCUGGGUGGGAGGCUCUGGUUCUACCUGCUGCCUCUGCCCUCUCGGAGCUAAAAGAUACCUACUUACAGACAGUAUUGUGAAAUUAAAGGAAUUUCAACGUAAGAAGGUGGCUGUUGCAUGUAAUCUUCCUGGCACCAAAGAAACCUAUUUGAGAAACCUGGAAGAGAAACUGACCCAGAAUAAGCUCAUCUUGAAAGAGGAGUUGAGAACUCUGCUUCAUUUGUGUGCAUCCCGGGACGACGUGGAGCUAGCUAAACAUGUCAUUUACAGGUACCAUGCAGAGAACAGGAACAUCACUUUGGGAGAGUACAAGUUUGGACCGCUUUUCAUGAGGUUGUGCUACGAGCUGGAUCUUGAGGACUCUGCGGUGGAGCUCAUCAAAGACCAGCAUUUACGAGGUUUCUUCUCAGAUUCCACAUCAUUCAAUAUUUUGAUGGAUAUGUUAUUUAUCAAAGGCAAAUAUAAAAGCGCAUUGGAAGUAUUGAUUGAGAUGAAAAACCAAGAUCUGAAGUUCAACAAAGAUACCUAUGUCCUUGCUUUUGCAAUUUGCUACAAACUGAAUAGCCCUGAAUCUUUUCAAGUCUGUACCACAUUAAGAGAAGAAGCCCUAAUCAAAGGAGAAAUCCUCUCCAGGAGAGCAUCCUGUUUUGCAGUGGCAUUGGCUCUGAACCAGAACCAGCUGGCAAAAGCUAUAUCCAUUUUUUCUCAAAUCAUGAACCCAGAAAGCAUAAUCUGCGCUAAUUUAAAUAUUAUGAUCCAUAUCCAGUCAAAUACGUUGAAAACUCUAAUAGACAUAUUAAAGGAUGCCACAGAGGGAAAUCUAUCAAGAUUUGUGAAAAGACAUGUAUUCUCAGAAGAAGUGCUGGUCAAAGUGAGGGAAAAAGUGAAGGACGUGCCCGCUCUCCUGGCCAAAUUUGAUGAGCUUAACAAGAAACUGCACAUAAGUGGCCAGGUCACCACGUACACUUUGGAUGCCCUACUCUGCCACACCCCCAGCAACAGGCAGCCCCACACGGCGCUGUUAAACAAGAGGACAGUCAGCCGUCGGACCUUCCAGCCACUCAGCCAGUCCCUGUGGGCUGAGUAA